AUGGAAUCCAAGAGCACUGGUACUAAAAGACUUAUCUCGGUUGGAUCUCUGUCGAACUAUGAAAGAGCCGAAUUUAUCUCCUCUAAAACAGACACUAAACAAAGAUUAGGGGAGCUCUUCAUUUAUGAGCCUACCAAACUAGAGAUGUUUGGAUUGAGACAGCAAAUAGUGAGUACACGAAUUCCAAGAUUCGAACAUCCUAAACCCAUGUUUGAUUUAGAUUCUCAGCCAGACAAAACCUUAACACAUGUCGCAUCCUAAACUGAGUGUCAAAAAUGCAAUCACAGUAUGGGUAAGAUCGUGUAACCUAAACUAAAUAUGGAAUCGCUGCAUUUAUCAGCUCCUUCUUUGCAACCAUAUGAAAAGUAGGAACCUAAAGUUAUAGUUCCAAAAUAAUUAUCAAGCCAUGUGGUGAGAUAAAAAAAGAAGGAUCUGCCCCCCAUCUUGCAAUAUUCAUUCAUCCAACCUCCACCAGUCUUCACAUAGUCUGCCAAGGCUGUGAGAGAAUAGAAAUCCUUUGGCAAAUUGUCUUAAGGCAGGAUAUCCAAGAAAUACGAUAACGAAAUGGUUAAAGUCAUUCAAUAGGAACUCAGUCAGCAAUUGCAUAAAAUUGAGGAUGAGAUCUCAGAGAAAGGAUACAGUGUCCCCAUCAAAUAUUCAAAUCUCAAAAGAACCAAGUAGAUGACCUUGAGCAAGAAAAUCAAGUAAGAAAAACAAUCAUAAAUUUUGAAUGAAAAGAAGACAGAAUCUCAAUUCUUUAUGUAAAAGGAAAAAGAAAAAGAAAUUAGGACUAUAGUGUUCUUGAAAUAACCAGAGAAGAGUCAGUCUCAAAUUCGACUCUAAAAGGAAGAAAACAGCAACAUCAUAUUUGGGUAUUCAAAUAGAAAGGAGGAAUAAACUUGA